AUGUACGAAUUGGAGCGCCGGGCCAUCUUCUCGAAGAAAUGGCUGCUCGUCACGCACAGGCUAAGAUUUACCAAAGCGGGCGACUUCCUACGCCUUGAAGAGGCUGGAUAUCCUUUUGUUCUUUGUCUUGACAAGGAGGGCAAGAUAAAUGGCUUCCACAAUAUUUGUCGUCAUCGUGCUUUCCCCGUGGUUACAGAUGACACAGGAAAUGCUAAGAUAUUCGCCUGCAAAUAUCAUGGGUGGUCAUAUGGGCUGAACGGAAAGCUUGCUAAGGCACCUCGAUUCGACACUGUACCGACGUUUCAGAAAGAGAAUCACAGUCUGUUCCCCAUUCACGUGCAUGUCGAUGCGGUAGGGUUCAUCUGGGUCAAUCUCGACGCAUCUCCUACACCCGUACCAUGGGAGGAUGAUUUCAAGAGUGUCGAUACGCAAGAACGUUUUCGAUCCUUCGAUUUCUCUCAGUAUAAGUUCGACCACACGUGGGAAAUGCAAGGUGAAUACAACUGGAAGACACUGGCCGAUAACUACAACGAGUGCUACCAUUGCCAGGUCGCGCAUCCGGACGUGGCGAAGCUGGCCGACCUCUCAUACUAUUACACAGUCUCCAAGCCAGGCUAUAUUCAACACUUCUCUCGGCCACAGCAAGGGAAAGAACAUGAAGACAUCAAGAACGUCAGUACCUACUAUUUCCCCAAUGCCUGCAUGACCGUCUCGCCGCAUUUCUUCUACAUGAUGCGAUGUGUGCCCACAUCGGCCACCACCUGUUCCAUGGAAUAUGAGGUCUAUCGUCACAUAGAUGCCACGGAUGAGGAAUUCGAUCUUAUUGACUCGUUCUUCAAACGUGUCCUAGACGAAGACAAGCAUCUUUGUAACGCAGCCCAAAAAAAUUUGAAUACCGGCGUUUUUGUUAACGGUGAGCUGCAUCCAGAGCUAGAGAGUGCACCCAUAUUCUUCCAGAACGUGGUCAGACAGCUCGUGACGGAGCAUCGGAAGCAUGAGGUCACCAAAGGUGAAAAAGUAUGGCCGGCACGUCGUCCAUUACCAGCCUCGGAAGCCACCGAGAACGACUCCGCUUUCUGUGCUGGAUUAGCCUGCAAUUCUGCACGAUUGGCUGAAACAGAAUGGUGA